AUGAACACUGGCUGCGCAUACCCCGGGCGUACCUCGAGCUGGGCACUGGACGUCGGGCUUAGGAGAGCCCUGCAGGUGGAGCGGAACGAAUGGAUGCAAACAGAACAAAUCUGGAUAGGAGAGCAGAGGACACGCAAGCUGAGACGCUGGCCCCCGUCGACGUUUGGAGAGCAACAGGGUCAGAGAGGAAGGGCCGCUAUCCUUGACGGCGAUCGAAAAAUCGUGGUCACUAGCCCUCCCAUCGACGCCUCUACUGCUUCCGACCACCAAAUCGCUGGUGCUAGAGACAUUUCUGCAAAUAGACUUUGCUCGCGACGCCCUGAGUCGCCAGCCUACACUGCGAGUACGGGUGCACGGUGGCUGGGAGAAGAAGCAAGUCGUCCAGUGUGA